AUUGAAUAAUGACCACAAAAAAGCAAGUACAUAACUAGCAACCAACUUCUAUACAACUCUUUCAAGUGUUCCUUCUUCCCUUCUUGCCACUGAUCUCUGCAAGAAAGCACCCUAAAAAGAGAGCAACAUGGCAAUCUCAAUUUCCACACCAACAGCCUAUUUCAGCUGUUUUAACUCUUCAAACCAAUCUUCCCUUCCAUCUUUGCCUUUCAAGCCACUCAAACUCCCUCCAUUCUGGCCUUGGCAGAAGGUGAAGAUGGGCCCACUCACUGUCUCUCCAAUGGGUUUUGGAACAUGGGCUUGGGGCAACCAGCUUUUAUGGGGGUACCAAGAAUCAAUGGACACUGAUCUUCAACAAACUUUUAACUUGGCUGUUGAGAAUGGCAUCAAUCUUUUUGACACUGCUGAUUCUUAUGGGACUGGCAGGUUAAAUGGCCAAAGUGAAAAGCUUCUUGGCAAGUUUAUACAAGAAUUUCCAGGAAAACAGGUGCGAAAUGACAUUGUGAUUGCUACAAAGUUUGCAGCAUACCCGUGGCGUCUGACACCGGGGCUGUUUGUGAAAGCUUGCAAGGCGUCGUUGGAAAGGCUGGAAGUUGAGCAGAUAGGCAUAGGUCAAUUACACUGGUCUACUGCAAACUAUGCUCCUCUACAAGAGUUAGCUCUCUGGGAUGGUUUAGUUGCAAUGUAUGAGCAGGGUUUAGUUCGUGCUGUUGGAGUGAGCAAUUAUGGCCCAAAGCAGCUCAUAAAGAUCCAUGAUUACCUUAAAGCGCGAGGAGUGCCCCUUUGCUCAGCACAGGUACAAUUUUCUUUGCUAAGCAUGGGAGAAGAUCAGAUGGAGAUCAAGAAGGUUUGUGAUUCUCUGGGAAUCCGGUUGAUUGCUUAUAGUCCUUUAGGACUCGGAAUGCUUACCGGGAAAUAUACAUCGUCCAGACUUCCACUUGGGCCUCGGGCCUUCUUAUUCAGGCAAAUUCUUCCAGGACUGGAACCUUUGUUGAAUUCCCUAGGAGAAAUUGCACAGAGAAGGGGUAAAACUCUAUCACAGGUUGCUAUAAACUGGUGCAUCUGCAAAGGUGCUAUUCCAAUUCCUGGAAUCAAGACAGUAAAACAAGCUGAGGAAAACUUGGGUGCCCUUGGUUGGCGCUUGAGUUCAGACGAGUUGCUUCAAUUGGAAUAUGCAGCAAGUGAGUCUCCUCAGAAAAUGAUCCAAAACAUUUUUCAGACAAGAUGACUUGGGGAUAAAGAAAUCUAUGUACUGGAAGUCCCUGUGACAAGAAUUGAAGGCAUGGACAAGGCAGAAGUCGAAAACCAGGUAGAAAUCCUCUGUUAUUAGUACUCAAAACAUGAGGGAAAGUUGACAUGGGUUGCAAAGAGACUAAAUGGAGAAAAAACAAGAAGCUGCAUCGCCUGCAUGACCUUUAUCCCCCAUUAGACGAUGUUGAUAAUUACAAUUGAACAAGAUUUGUUAGUCCCAGUGAUCUUCUGUAUUUCCAAUGAACAUUUAUCUUUUAGUGAUUGAUAGAAGAUUGACCAAUUCAUUCCGGAUCA